UGCUUCUCUAAUCCUUAAGUUUCGUCCUACUUCUUGUUGUGAUAUAUAACUGUAGCUGAUUUUACAUUAAUUUAUCUCCUUAGCUAUGUAUAGAUAGAUGUAAACGAUUGCAUUGCUUAUAGGCUUUGUUUCUUUGUUUUCCGGUGAAAGUAUGGUUGGGUGAUAAUGUUGAUCACUACUAUGUCCUCUCUAGAUUUUUGCUUAGCAGAAUGUUGACUGUUACUAAGAUUCCUAAUCAUGUCGCUCUAAAAAUUGCCCAUGAACUCAAGAAGCUGCUCAUAGAUAAUAGCCUUUUGGACGUCUCUCAAUCUGAUCUGGAAGCUAGUUUGUUUAAGCUCAUGGAAAGGCGGGGCUAUGGGCAAGAAUAUAUAAAUCGUCACAAGAUGAUGACAAGAUUUCACCAUCAGCAAGUACCACUAGUUAUUCUUGUAUGUGGCACAGCAUGUGUUGGAAAGUCAACAAUUGCUACCCAGCUUGGUCAAAGGCUAAACUUGCCAAAUGUUUUACAGACGGAUAUGGUGUAUGAAUUGCUAAGAACGUCAACAGGGUAUGUAACAUAUCAACACUUAUAUAUGACAACUUAA